GACUCCCACAACCACUGGGCCAGGGUUGUGGGGAAGAGACCCUUGCCCCCAUCGGCGCGCUCUCCUGCGCGCCCCAGGGGGCGCGCACCCGGCGAUCUCCGUGAUCGCUGUGUCCUACGGACACAGCUGAUCACGAGAUGUGGUGAAAGGCCGAUCCCACCGGCCUUUUACCACGUGAUCAGCGGUGUCCAAUGACACGCUGAUCACAGGAAAAUGCAAGUGCCGGUUCUCGGCUGCACUUUCCUCACGCUGUCAGAUCGUGAGGAAAGUACUGCCGAGAACCGGCAGUUG